AGGGCUGGUGGGCCCCCGAGGAGGGCCGCUAUCGCUGGCCCGGUGGGUGGACAGCGUUCUGCCACGGAUUUCUCGGCUAGCAUUCAAGUUUCCUUCUCGCCACCCCUCAGACCUUGGCCGCUCCACCCUCAUUUUAAACCAUUCUCAAGCCUUGUGCACCUUCCACCCCCACUGUGCGCCGCGGUCCCUGCUCCACCGAGGCGCCCGUGGUGGCCGGGCUCCGGCUGGCCUUGCCGGCAACCCCUCCGCGCCCGUCCCGGGAAACGGCCGCGGCUUGGCAGGUUGCGCUCGGUCUGUGCGGUGCACCUCGGUGAAAAGCCUCUGGCUGGGGCAGCGCGGGCCUCCUGGGAGGCCAUUCGGAACCGACCCCAGAGCCGCCGUGCCCGCACUCUCCUCUGGUGACGAGGCAGGGAAGCGUCAGCGGCGCCACCGGGGAGCGCAGUCGCCGUUCGACAACGGAGCAGUUUUGGCUCCUGCCGGGCGCCGUCGCGCCGUUCCCGCCCCGGCGGUGCGCGGCCUGUUUCAAAGCGGGAGCCAUGGCCGAGCAGGGCCUGGAGAUGGCCUCCAUGAUACCGGCGCUGCGGGAGCUGGCCAGUGCUAGUCCAGAAGAAUACAAUACAGUUGUACAGAAACCAAGACAAAUACUCUGCCAGUUUAUUGACAGAAUUCUUACAGAUGUAGAUGUUGUUGCUUUGGAACUGAUUAAGAAAUCGGAUUCACAACCAAGUUCUGUGAUGUUGCUUGAUUUUAUUCAACAUAUCAUGAAAUCUUCCCCACUUAUGUUUGUAAAUUUAGAUGGAAAUCAGGAGGAAACCAAACGCAGUUGCAUUGAAUUUAGUAACUGGAUCAUAACAAGGCUUCUCCGAAUUGCUGCAACUCCAAACUGCAACACGUUGCACAAGAAUAUUUGUGAUGUCAUUUGCUCUUUACUUUUUCUGUUUAAAAUGAAGAGUUGUUCCAUUUUUGAAGUACUAACAAAAGACUUGCUGCAGCUUUUCCAAGACUUAAUCUUUCUACGUGAAAGAGAUGCACAGAAGCAUCUCUGUGGAGAUGAACUGUUCUGGCCAGUGACUGUAAAGAGGUUUUCAAGCAAUACUAGUGACACUGUGGGAUAUUUAAGAUUAGCACCGUUACAGCUGAUGAGUAUGCCCAAUGUAGAAUGUUUGGAAGUUAUAUUAAUGUCUAUUCUGACAGAUAUUGUUGCAGAUGUAUUUUAUGUAAGACAAGAUAUUAUUCUCUGGGGGAUAGGCUGUUCCCUGUUGGAGUAUGGCAGUCCAAAAGUUAAAGCUUUGGCAGUGAAGUUUUUAGUAAAACUAAUUCAUUUAGGAGGACCUCCAGGUCAGCUGGCCAGUGUUUUCUUCACAGUCUUUUUUGGAAUUCUACAGUCAGCACUUGAAAUGGAUACUGAAGAGUCAGAACUCUUUGGAGAACCACUCUUACUGUUGGUGAGGACAUUGUUGCCUUUUGAAGCAGAUUCGUACAAAAAUAUUGAACCUGUCUACUUAAAUAUGCUGCUAGAGAAGCUCUGCGCACUGUUUGAAGGUGAUGUGUUUAGGUGUCUUCAGUCUGAAAAGCUGAAAGCUGCUUUAUGCCAUAUACUGCAAUAUUUUCUGGAGUUUGUUCCAACUGGCUAUGAAUCUGCCUUACAAGUAAGAAAAGUCCAUAUCAGUAGCAUAUGUGGAAUUUUUGUCAAUGUGCUUGGAACUCAGGAAGAACAAGAGUAUCUGGUGAGUCCACUUUAUACAACAUUAAAAACACAAACAGAAGAAAUCUUUCAGGAGCUUCAUCAGAACCAGCUAGAUAAUUCUGAUACUGAUGGGUGGAGCAGCAGCAGUGAUGAAGUUCCAGAGAAAAGACGACGACUAAACCUACCAACAAAGCAUCCAAAGAAAUCACCUACACCAGUAAUACUUAGUCCUGUAAACAUGAAAUUGAAAAGCACUCUCUGGAAUGCCAUCACAAAGAAAGCUGCAUCCUUAAUAUUUAUCCUUGAGAAAGAAAUUGUGACGGCGGACAUUCUUCAGACUGUAGAAGGGAUUGCUGUAAUUCUGCGACUAGCUGCUUUGUGCAUAGUUCAUUGUUCUCCCCCGCAAAAUUCUACCAGUAUAGAUCAUAAAGUACCUCAUCCGUGUAGUUCUGAUCCAUGUAAGAAUACUCCAAGCUCCUCAGAUUCAGUGGUGAAUAUGCAGUUCACAUGGAUUUCCUCUGAUUUUAUCACAAGAGUAGUGAAAGUCUGCAGAAAUCUGUUAGAGGCUGCUACGCAGAUUGUUAACCUAGAACAACUAAUUGACAGAAUAGUGAAAAUCUUUGAUGCUUUGCUGUAUGCACAAGUGAAAAUUUCACUGAGUGAUCAAAUUCUUGAUAGCUUAUGUGCAUUGCUGUCUCUGCCCUGGAUUUACAGCCAUCCUGAUGAUUCUUUUUUUAAGCCAUCUGCUUUUGGGUUUGAUCCUCUAGUUUUGAGUCAAAAAACUGCACAGAGUUUCUCACCCCAAACUCAGUCACGCUGUGUGUUCCUUCUGUCUCUCUUCCCAAGAAACAUUUGUCUGGAUUGGAGAAAAUGCAUUUAUCAUUGGGCACUACAAAGUCCCCAUGAAUCAAUUCGGGCUGCUUGUGUUAAAGGAUUCUCUCUUCUGCUUCAUCCACCAAGUGUGCAGUCCUGCAAUAUGAUUCCCAAAGCUCUUCUAAAUCAAAUCAAAGAUGAGUCUGAGCUAGUCAAGGAGGCUUGUGCUGCUAUAGUUGGGAAAUUAUCUUGCUGUCUUUCUGGUACAUUCAGCAUACAACCUUCCUUAGCAGACUCUGCUAUUAAGCGUGUUACUUACGAUAUAUUAUGUAGCAGCCUUACUGUGACUUCUGCUCACGGAAAAACUUGUUCUGUGCAAGCCUGUCUUUUCAAGCCAUUUCUUGUUCUACUCGAGAACAAAGUAUCCAGUUCAGUAAAGCUAGCAUUUAUAGAAAAUAUACCUCAUCUUUGCAAACAUCUGGAUUUUAACACUGAUGAGUCCAGUGUGAAGAUUCUUGUUGGGUCUUUAUUAAAUCUAAUGGAAGAUCCAGACAAAGAUGUGAGAGUGGCUUUCAGUGACUGCAUAAAGAACAUUCUAGAAACCUUAGACUCUGAAGAAGGAUUCAUAAAAGAGCUGUUUGUUUCAAGAAUGAAAGAAGCCUAUACAAAUGCCAAAAUAUCAAGAAAUAAUGACCUUAAAGAUACCUUGAUCCUUACAACAGGAGAUAUUGGAAGGGCAUCAAAAGGAGAAUUGGUACCAUUUGCCCUCUUACAUUUAUUACACUGUUUGUUGUCCAAGUCAGCCUCUGUGGCUGGAGCAGCAUACACAGAAAUUCGAUCUCUAGCAGCAGCAAAGUCUGUAAAACUCCAAGCUUUCUUCAGUCAGUACAAGAAACCUAUCUGUCAGUUUCUAGUGGAAUCCCUGCACUCCAGCCAAAUGGCAGUAUUGAGUGCUCCAUGCCAGGGUAAUGAACUACGGAAACAAACAGCUGCUCACCAGAGAGAAAUGGCUCUGGACAUGUUAUCAGAGAUCGCCAAUGUAUUUGAUUUUCCAGAUCUAAAUCGCUUUCUCUCACGGACCCUACAAGUUUUGCUUCCUGACCUUGCAGCCAAGGCUAGUCCUGCAGCCUCUACACUUAUUCGAACCAUAGCAAAACAGUUGAAUGUAAGCCGAAGAGAGAUUUUAAUCAAUAACUUCAAAUACAUCUUCUCUCACUUGGUCUGUUCCUGCUCCAAGGAUGAGCUUGAGCGGGCACUUCAUUACCUCAAGAAUGAGACCGAGAUAGAACUGGGCAGCUUGCUGAGACAGGACUACCAGGGACUGCACAAUGAAUUAUUGCUGCGUAUGGGAGAACACUAUCAACAAGUCUUCAAUGGUUUGUCAAUAUUGGCUUCAUUCGCAUCUCAUGAUGAUCCCUAUCAGGGACCUAGAGAAAUAACAUCACCUGAGAAAAUGGCUGAUUAUCUGCAACCUAAAUUGCUUGGCAUCCUGGCUUUUUUUAACAUGCAGUUACUGAGUUCCAGUGUUGGCAUUGAGGAUAAAAAAAUGGCUUUAAACAGUCUUAUGUCUUUAAUGAAGCUUAUGGGUCCCAAACACAUCAGUUCGGUAAGAGUAAAGAUGAUGACUACACUGAGAACAGCUCUAAGAUACAAGGAUGACUUUCCAGAAUUGUGUUGCAGAGCCUGGGAUUGUUUUGUUCGAAGUCUGGACCAUUCAUACCUUGGUUCCUUGCUUAGUCAUGUGAUAGUAGCGUUAUUACCCCUUAUACAUAUCCAGCCAAAGGAAACUACAGCAGUAUUUUUCUUUCUCAUAGUUGAGAACAGGGAUGCAGUACGAGAUUUUUUACAUGAAAUAUAUUUUCUGCCUGAUCUUCCAGAACUCAAAGAAAUUCAGGUUGUCCUUCAGGAAUACAGAAAGGAAUCCUCCAAAAGCACUGACUUGCAGACAACACUUCAGCUGUCUAUGAGAGCUAUUCAGCAUGAGAAUGUGGAUGUUCGUAUUCAUGCACUUACCAGCCUGAAAGAAACAUUAUAUAGAAAUCAGGAAAAGUUGAUAAAGUACGUAACAGACAGUGAAACUGUGGAGCCAGUCAUCUCCCAGUUGGUAACUGUACUUCUAAUCGGCUGCCAAGAUGCAAAUUCUCAAGCCCGACUACUCUGUGGAGAAUGUUUAGGUGAACUGGGAGCCAUAGAUCCUGGAAGGCUUGAUUUUUCAACAAGUGAAACUCAAGGGAAGCAUUUUACAUUUGUGGCUGGUGUGGAGGAUCCAAAUUUUGCCUAUGGAUUAUUAAUGGAACUGACCAGAGCAUUCCUUGCUUAUGCUGAUAAUGUCCGUGCUCAGGAUUCUGCAGCAUAUGCGAUUCAGGAGUUACUGUCUAUCUAUGACUGUAGAGAGACAAACACUGACUGCCCAGGCUCCAGGCUUUGGAGGAGGUUUCCUGAGCAUGUGCAGGAGAUCUUGGAACCUCACUUAAAUACACGGUACAAGAGUUAUCAAAAGGCUGUAAAUUGGUCUAAAGUGAAGAAGCCAAUUUACUUAAGCAAAUUAGGCGAUAACUUUGCAGAAUGGUCGGCAACUUGGGCAGGUUAUCUUAUAACAAAGGUACGACAUGAUCUUGCCAGAAAAGUUUUCGAUUGCUGUAGUAUUAUGAUGAAGAAUGACUAUAAAGUGACAAUUUAUCUGCUUCCACACAUCCUUGUCUAUGUUUUGUUGGGAUGCAGUCAAGAGGAUCAACAAGAGGGUUUUGGAUAUACUCAUACAGGUUUAUAUGGAGAUUAUGGCUGUUCUGAAACACGAUGACCAGUCUACCAGGAGACUUGAAGACAGUGCAUCUGAUCUAUGUCAGCUGAGCACACAGACAGUGUUCUCCAUGCUUGAUCAUCUCACUCAGUGGGCUAGACAUAAGUUUCAAAUACUCAUU